UCAAAUGACCUCCAUGGAACGGCUGAAUCCAACGAGCUUACGUCAUAUUACCAUGAACCCGCCCAUACCAUAUUAGACCCUCUUUCAUUGCCAUUAAUAUUUAUUUAUUUUGUCUGCAAGACAAAAAAAAAAAAAAAUUAAAAAAUUAAAAAUUUUGGAGGGUAUAUUUCAGUGUUUCAGUACAGAGUAGCAGUAGUAAUGAUCUGCUACAUCACCUUCGCUUAAACUCCCAAGGUUUUGUUAAGUCAAAUUUGGCCUCUCAACAAUGGGGAAGUCACCUGGAAAGUGGAUAAAGACUGUAAUUUUUGGGAAGAAACCAUCCAAAUCCAAUUUUGCCAAGGGUAAAGAGAAAUCCACCAACGAGAAAGAGGUGCAUGUUCGUGUUAGGGCUCCUGAAACUGAAUCAACUGAUAACGAUGUUAAUCCUCCAGAGGUAUCAAGUGCUGCUAUAGAUGCAGUUCAUGUGGAUGACCAAACUUUUAGGUCAGAGUACAAGGAGUCUUCUCUUGUCCAGCCAGAUGGGGAUAUGCCAGUAUCUGGAGAUCAAUGCACUGAUCCAAAACAAACAGAGGAAACAGAUAUGUUAACUGACGAUGAGAGAAUAGAGUUAGAAAUGGCUGCAACUAAGACGCAGGCUGCUUUUAGGGGUUAUCUGGCUCGACGUGCAUUCAAGGCCCUGAAAGGCAUUAUAAGGCUUCAGGCUCUUAUUCGUGGACAUUUGGUGAGGAGACAAGCUGUUUCAACCUUGUAUUGCAUUAUAGGCGUUGUCAAGCUGCAAGCGCUUGUUCGUGGGUCAAAAAUUAGGUGUUCUGAUGCUGGCCUUGAAGUCCAGAAAGUCUGUAUAGUGAAGCCUCUGGAUGGCAAAGUUGGUGUUCAUGGAGACGUGUCUGCUUGCACCACAAGCUUGUCAGUGAAUGCAUUUACAAAAAAACUUCUAGCUCCAUCACCUGCAGUGAUGCCUCUGCGAGUCCAAUAUGAUGUGACAGAUUCAAAUUCAGUCCAGAAUUGGUUGGAAAGAUGGUCAAUAUCCUGCCCAUGGAAACCAGUCUCUCCCCCUAAGAAAGUCACUAACUCUAAGGUCCAGAAAAAGCAAGGGAACUCACUGGUCAUUGAUGGGGAUACAGGUAGGCCUAAGCGCAGUGUUCGCAAGGUUCCUUCCCUUUAUGAUAAUGUGUCAGGGCAGCCCACCUCUGAAGUAGAGAAACCACGGCGAAAUCUUAAGAAAGUUGUAAGCCAGCCAGCAGAGUCUGUACAAGAUAAUCCGCAGUAUGAGCUUGAGAAGGUUAAACGUAGCCUUAGAAAAGUUCACAACCCUGUGUCUGAAAGCCCUGGUCAGCCUCAGACUGAGGUAAUUGAGAAGCCAGUUCAAAGCCAAGGGAAAGUAACUGCAUCCAUUGUACAGGAGGUUUCGGCUCCAAAUGAGGUCAUUGUUGUUCAGAAUACCAAAGAAGAAACCAACAUGACUGUUAAGGAAGAGCCUAUUGUUUAUUCUAAGCCAGAUGAAGAGGAGACAACUGAGGAGCCUUUAGAGACAAGUCAGUCUGCUGAAUUCUCAAACGAUGAUGGAGCCCUGGUCAAAUCAGAGUCUUUUGAGAAUGACAAGGAUGAAAAUACUCCUGUGCCAAAUGGUGUCUUGAAAACUAAGGAAGAUUCUGCAUCAAACGAAAACCAGAAAUCCGGUAGGAGGGCUUCUUUUCCAGCAAAACAGGAGCAUAUGGAGGAUGGCUUGCAGAAUACUCCGAAGCUUCCUAGCUAUAUGCAGGCAACCCAAUCUGCCAAGGCAAAGUUAAGAGCACAGGGAUCCCCUAAAAUUGUACAAGAUGAAGCUGAGAAAAACAAUGUGACCCGGCGUCAUUCACUCCCAUCUGCACCAAAUGGAAAAGUCAGCUCAGUGUCACCAAGGACACAGAAACCGCUUCAAGGUAGUGGUGGAAAGAGUGGAAACAAAACUGAGAAAUCUUUGUUAUCUUCUAGAGAUGGAAGUGCGAAGUCUGGCCAAGCACAGUGGCGAAGGUGAUGGCAUUGCAGACAUGACUCAGGUUCAAUCAUGGUCAAGGUUAAAGUUUCUUUGCAGUUUGUGAUGUGGCCCUUAGUUAUGUUGUUAUUUAGGUUAAGAACUUACUGGACUUGCUAAUAUAUUUGGUGUGGAUACCAUAGCAGCUUUCUUGUGUAAGUUGGGUGCCUUUUGAGUGAAUGUAAAUUGCAGGCUUCACUGUUUUCAUUCUGCCGAAGUAAAUUUAGCUUUAUGAACUAUGUUGUCUUGUCUCAUUGUGGAAUAUGCGGGAUUAAGGUUGUGUAUAGUCUAUACUCUAUCGAGUUCGUUCUUGCUCCAUAUACUUUUUUUCUAGUUUGUUCAUUCUGAUUGUUUGUGGUUCA